AUGCUAGGGAUACAGCUAUUUUUGAUUGCUGUGCUAGUGGGUCUUCUGAUUCUGCACUUUCUGAGACAGCUAUGGUCACGCGAAAAAUACCCUUCUGGGACACUUCCGCUGCCUGUCGUUGGAGGCAUGUGGCGGAUAGCCAUCAGGCUGUAUCAAGAUACUUUGAUUAAGGACACAAAACAAUCUGGAAACACUGAACGGCCUGUGACUCCACUGCUUAAGGGUGCAACAAAUGAAAAAGAUGUAAUAUUUUCGAAUGGACACAUCUGGAAGCAGCAGAGAGAGGUUGGACGAAUUACUAUGCAGAAGUUGGAACCGGGGAAGAAAAGCAUCAAACGCCAAAUAGAAGAGGAGGCCCAUCAGCUUGUAGAGACUUUUGCAGAUGUUAAGGGACAGCCACUUGAUCCUUUAUUACUCAUCACUACUUCAGUGUGCAAUGUGGUCUGCGCUGUUGCUUUUGGACAUCGGUAUCCUAUGGAAGACAAAAACUUCCAGAAACUGAUUGAGGCUAUUGAUUUGGCCUUAAAAUAUGGAGGUAGCUUCAUUUACACUCUGUAUAAAAUAUUCCCCUGGUUUAUGAGACGUCUUCCGGGGCCACAGAAGAAGGCCUUAAUCUCCAGGCAGUUGGUGAUUUCGUUUGCAAAGAAUGAGAUAAAGAAACAUAAGGAGUUUAAGCCAGGUCAAUUGCCACAGGAUUUCAUUGAUUUCUAUCUACUGCAAAUGGUGAAACAGAGAGAGGGUGACCGCACUUCUACCUAUAAUGAAGACAACCUGGCUGAGUGUAUUCUUCACCUCUUUAUCUCAGGCACAGAGACCACCGCCAUUACUCUGCAAUGGGCCCUGCUUCUUAUGGCAACUCAUCCAGAUAUCCAGGAUAAAGUCCACAAGGAAAUGGAUGCUAUUUUGGGUUCCUCUCGAUUCGUCUGCUAUCAAGAUCGGAAGAAACUCUCUUACACCAAUGCUGUGAUUUACGAGAUCCAGCGUGCUAAAUAUGCCUUCCUAUCCAGAAUCAUCAGAAAAUUUGCAAAAGAUGUGAACAUCUUUGGUUUUCUUAUUCCCAAGGGAACUUUUAUUAAUCCAGAUCUGAACUCUGCUCUUCUUGAUCCCAAGCUAUGGGAGAAACCUGAAAAAUUCAAUCCCUGUCAUUUUUUGGACAAGGAUGGAGAAUUUGUAGCUAGAGAAGAAUUCCGGCUAUUUGGUACAGGGGAUUGUGAGUGUUUGGAGGAGGAGUUGGCAAGAAUUGAGCUUUUUGUCUUCUUCACCAAUCUGCUGAGGGCGUUCAUCUUCCAGCUGCCAGAAAAAGUGAAAAAAAUUAAGAAAGAACCUAGAGUAGGGAUGACAACAUAUCCUCAUUCUUAUACGCUUUGUGCUAUUCCCCGCAGCAGGAAAUCAUAAACUAUAAAUAUAGAGUGGCCUAUUUAUUACUGUCAAUGCCUCCCUCAUUCUUUUGCAUUUACUUUGGUCUUCUGCCUUGAUGUGCUCAAUCCACUCUGUUCUAGAACUACAAUCUGAAUCUGUCGGAAGUUGAGCUAAGUCUAUGAUGUAAUUGGUUGCUAAAUCAAUCUGACGAAUGUAAUUCUUCCCUGUAGGUUGUUA